AUGGAGAAGCUUGGGUCUUACGACGACUCAGCAUCUUGUUCUAUGUUGGGACAAUCACAAUUACCAACACAAGUUAGAUUAGCCCUUAAACAUCCUCAUGCUUAUCAACUUAAGCCACCACAUAAAAUAGCAGCAGCAGCAGCAGCAGCAGCAGCAACAGCAGCAACAGCAGGAGGAGGGGAUGCUGCAGCAGGAGCAGUUGGUAGUGGUGCGGGAGGGUUGUGUAGGUCACGCAGUGAGCCUGCAGGGCAUGGUGGUUCUGCAGCAGCUGCAGCUGCAGCUAAUGGUACUGAUGUAAUGGGGUCUGAGGGUCACGAAGGGGCCCCUGGGGGGGCCCCAGGAGGGGGCCCCUGUCGUUGCAGCGAGUGUGGUCGUUGUCUUGCCUUUGCAGAGGCCCGUCGUAUAUUAAAACCUUUUGGUAUUCAAUUAAUGCUACUGGGUACUGGUGGAGGAGGGGGGCCCCCAUGCGGGAAGGGGGGCCCCUCGCAGGUAGAGGGGUCCCCCGAGGCCAACAGCAACUGCAGCGGCAGCAGCAGCAGCAGCGGCAAGGGGAGGAAGGGGGCCCCAUCAGGGGAAGAAGAUUGUCUUUCUUUGGUGCUAGCCUCCCCCCCUACACAAGAAGAAAAAGAACAAACAAAUUCAUUAAAUCUUUUGCAAGAAACAGCAAACGCGUCAAACCCUCUUGGGGUUUGUCUCUGCGGCAACCUAGCAGCAACGGGGGCCCCUUCUGGGGGCCCCACGGAGGCCUCCCAAGGGGGCCCCCCAAAAGAGGUGCAGGGACAUAUUGUAGUUGAUACUGUUGACGAGAAGGAGAUGGCUGCUGUCGAAGCAGCAGCAGCACUUAAGAGGGCCCUUACUUACUUUAUAUUGGAAGCAGCGCCUCCUGCUGCUGCUGCUGCUGCUGCUGCAGCUGCUGCUGCAAGAGUAGGGACAAAACAGAGGCAAGGUACAUCAGCAGAUGGCGCAUUACCUCUUCAUGGCAAAGGGGGGCCUGUUGCUGCUGUUAAACUGCUGCACAAUCCCUCUAAGCUGGAUCAGCAGCAGCAGCAGCAGCAACAGCAGCAGCAGCAUCAUGUUGGUAUAGAUGAUGACACCUUCAGCGCCACAACAGGCGAAUCUCAUAAAGAAGUUGGUGACGUCCCCUUUGGAUCCCGUAUACGCAGCCACAGCAGCAGCACCACCACAACCACCUCCUCCUCCAGCAGCAGCAGGAGCGGCAGCAGCAGCAGCAGCAGCAGCAGCAGCAGCAGCAGCAGCAAGGCAAUGGAUAGUCUGAAUGCUGUCCGUGUUGGUUUAUUAGAUGUAAUUUUACAACUUCAUGAUAUUCCAUCAAUUUAUCGGCAAGCAGCAAUUUGCUCAAAUCAUUUCUCGGGGUUCCUUUCUACACAAAAAAUUAUUCUUACCAAGGUCUCUCCUUUCUUCAUGUCAUUUUUGUUGCAACACGAGGAGGCAUUAGAGGCAGAGUUCCCCAAGGGUUUUGCUGCUGCAUGUCAGCAGCAACAGGAGGCAAGACGCAAGAGGGCCCUCUCCAGCGCGGGGGCCCCUGCCGAUGGUAUAGAUAUGGGGGCCCCAUUUGGAGGAGAUGAAAUGCAAACAAUAAACCAAACCCUUAAGUUGGGGCCCUCCUUCACCCUCCAUGCCUUCGUCUUUGAUGGUCGUCGGCAAGCCCGUGCCUUACUAAAGCUGCUGCGGGCAUUUAUGAGUCUUCAUGAGCAGCUAGAUGCUGCGGGGCCCCCUCCAGGGGCCCCAGUGAGGGGUGCGAGGGUGACGGAUGGGUCUGUUACAUUCACAGAGACUGUACUCGCCCGUACACAACAGUCUACAGAGGUUUGGCGUCACUUCCAGACCUAUGGUGGUUCUUUACCUAAACCCCUUUUUAGGGUUUUGCGGUGUUUUGUACCCGAGACUAAUUGGGGGGAAAGGGCACAAAGGGAGAGGCAGCAAGCGCUGCAGCAGCUAGCACGUGAUGCUGCUAGAGAUGCUGCUGCUGCUGCUACAGCAGCAGCUCAUCCACCUCAGCAGCAGCUGUUGGCUCUCCCUUACGACUCUGAGCAAGGGCCCCCAGGCCCCCGAGAUGCCCCCGGGGCCCCCACUUUGUUUUAUUGCCAUAAGCUAGACCUAGUAGAGCAGUUACCGCCUCAACUACGUCGUCGUUGUGUAACGGAGCGGCGGGCAAUUCAGGCAGUCAUAGCAGCAAGUCGUAGCAACGGGGGGCCCCCAGGGGAGCCCCCAGGGGCCACUGAAGGACAAGAAGGGGAUAAAGGUGUAGAAGGUGUAGAAGUGGAGGCCGAUGAUGCUGAUUGUUUGCGUCUUUGCAUUCCUUUAGUUAUUAGCCGAUUUGCUGCAACAAGAAGAGAACAUGCGCAGCUGCUGCAGCAGACACCAGUAGAGUGUCUAGUGUCUGCAGUCUACUUCCGUUAUCUUGCUGAGUUUGGGGGCCCCCCUCCCUUUGAUGCUGAUUUUAGUCCGUUACUUCGUCCUUCUUGGUUAUAUGCUCUAAACCCUUUUAAGACGAAAACCCUAAACCCUCUUGCUGUCACAAGCAACAACAACCCAUACACCACAGCUACAGGUGCUGCCUCUGCUGCUGCACCUCAAAGAUUUGUCUGCAUCGUCGCGGAAGAAGCCAAUCAAGACCCUAAACGGCACAGCUACGUGGGUGGCGUGACGACGGGCCCCUUGUCUGCAUUGAUUCGUAUGGCUUUGGAGGAGGAAGCAUUUAAAGGAAAACUGACUGUCUGUGCCUCUGUCAGCCAUGCUGUAUCUGCUGCUUCUGCUGCUGCGGCGGCAGCCGCAGCCGCAGCAGCAGCAGCAGGAACGGCAGCAGCAGCUGCUGCUGCAUUAGGAGGGGGCAGCAGCGUGCGGAAGGCUGCUAGUGUGGAGCUGUUCGGUGUUGUGCUAGAAGAUCCUUCCGUUUCUGCUGCUGCUGCUGCUCAAUUGAGGGCUUUGCUGUCUAUACAGCAGAGGUCUGCUGCUGAGGUGUCUGUACACCUCGUGACGGCUUUAUGGGUCUACAGAUCGCUCUUAGAGGGCCAAGUAGAUCCUCCAUCUUCUCUUGCUCGUCACCUGCAGCUGGAGGGCCUCCCCCCCUGCUGCAGUGCAGCAAGCAGUCAUAUAGAGGCCCCUGCUUCUUACCCCGCAGCAACGCAUGCGCUGCUGCCUGUUGUCUCUCCCCCCCUACCUGAGGAGAUUGUCUUUGAGCCAUGGGGACUGCCUUUGUUUGGAUGGCAUUUGUUUAUAAGGGAGGAGACAUUUCCUUCGUUAUCUGUCCCCUUAGAUGAGCUACGUAAUGUGUGGGGUGUAUCUGUUAGUUUGUUGCCUUCUCUAUCUCCUUCUGCUGUGCUACGGCAAUUGCUGCAACUCCUUAAAUCCCUAAAUCUCGACCCUACGGGGGCCCCCAACCAGGGCCUCCAGCACUUGCCUGUCUUUGCUGCUGUCUUGGAUAUAGAGAGACCUGAAGAUAAUUGCAUUAGUCACAACCAUCUCCACAGACACAGGGCUGCCCCAUCCCCUAAAGGGGCCCUCCGCUCCCCAAAAAGGGGCCCCCGCUCCCCUAAAGGGGGGCUCCGUUCCCCUAAGGGGGGCCCGCGUUCUCCUAAAGGGGGCCCGCACCUCAGGGAAGACAGAGAUCGGCAGCCCUCUCCUCAUCUCCUCCUUCCCCCAAUGCCUUCGGGGGGCCCUCAGGAACCGCAAACCCCUGAGCGUAAAGACAGCCGCUCAGGUAGGCCUCAACGGCUCAGUGCACUGGCUCUUGAAUCUGCAGCAGCAGCAACACCAACAGCUGCAGGAACAAGUGCAGCAGCAGCAACACCAACAGCAGCAGGAUCAAGUGCAGCAGCAGCAUCACCAACGGCGGCAACAACAUCUGCAGCAGGAGCAGUAGCAAAUCCGAACCAAACAAGUCCACGCAUAUGCAUCACCACAACUACUGACCGAAGCCCCCUAGAUAGGGCCCCGCCACCACCACAAAGGGCCCCUGACAGAACCCCCCAGAGGAGGGCUCCCAACACCAACGACUGCAGCGACUGGAGGGGUCUCUCAACACCUGUUGCUCUGUCUAAACAGCACAAAACCACUGCUGCCACUCCCUCUAGGGGCCCCUCUCCUCUCUUAAGGAAUGUGUCUUCUCCGUUAAAGGGCAUCUCUUCUUCUAUGAAGAAAAACUCUCCUCAAGCAGGACCAACCUCUCCCCUCAAGAGCUCCAGGGGCCCGCCCCGCUCCCCCUUUAUGGCCUUCCCCCGAUCCCCCUUUAGGGCCCCCCUACGCUCACCCUAUAGGGGCCCCUCCCGCUCGCCCUUUAAGGGCCCCUCUUGCUCUCCCCUUAAGAGCCUGCGGUCGGGAAGAUCGGGCUCUAAGACUUCUGCUGAUGCCUCGCAGCGUUCUAUGGGACUUUUAGGUGGAUUGGGUUGGUAUGGCGGCAUGGGCAACGCGAACCUGUCUGUGCACCUGAGGCAGCAAGGUGCGGGACCCUGGGCCCUAAGAGCUCCUGCCUGCACCUUUUGCUCUAAGAAUAGCACCUAUAGAGUAACAGUGGGGAGGCUAAAGGUGCUGCUACCAGGAUUCGAUGGAGUCCCUCUUGUUAGCACAGAGUGGCUCUUACAGUGCAUACGCACACGCAGGAUGCUACCGCUGCAACAGUUCCUUUUAAGCUCUAACAGCCAAAGGCAAGAACAGCAGAAGCAGCAAGGCCAGCAGCAGCAGCAGCAAGAUCAACAACAGCAGCAACAACAACAACAAAACCAGCAACAACAAGAACAGCUGCAGCAACAGCAGAAGCAAGACCAACAGAAGAAAAGCCAGCAGCAGCAAGAGGGUGCAGAGCCAACUCCACAUGGAAGCAGAAGUACCACCGUUGCAGAGCAGGCUGUAGAGGGCCCCUGUGCUCAAAGCAAGUCGAGGCCUCUUAAGAGGGCCCGAAAGGGAGAAGUGCAGCAAAUGCUCAAGAAGAGAGUCACCCAAAGUUCUAUUCUGGGGGGCCCCUCAGCAGCAGCAGAGGGCCCUCCCCACUGCAGCAGCAGUGCCAAGAGGAGGCUGUCCACAGCAGCAUGCGACAACACCUCUCCCCCUCCACCUCCCACAGAUGAAGCUGUUGGAUCAACAGCAGGAGCAGGGGCUUCUGCGGAUGCCACCGGUGGAAUAGCCGGUGCUACUGCUGCUGCAGACCCCGGGGAGGCAACGGCGGCGGAGCUCACGACGGCGCACGGAGUAGACGUCUGCCUGCCGCGGCGUCCACAGCCAGUUGGAGUAGGGAAGGGUAAAAGAAAUAAGACAAAGGAACAGAAAGAGCAAGACAAGAAGGAACAGACAGAGGCCGAAACACCCCAGACAGACAUGCAGCAGCAGCAGAAGCAGCCCCUGCAGCAAAAGCAGCGGGGAGUGUCUCAAGCAGCAGCAAACGCAGCCAAGAAAAUAGCAGCUGCAGCUGCAGCAGCAGUAGCAGCGGUGAGAGGAGGUUCCAGGCGCGGGAGAGGUGGACGAGGGCGUUGA